AUGACUCCGAGCAUAGCAGACUCGGGGACUCGACGGCCCAGCUCAGUAUCGUCUGAUAGCACGGUGCAAGGCGAUUUAGGCGCGAUCCCAUCUAAAUUCGAAAAGUCGGGCCAACUACAACUGGAUGAUACCGAUUUCCCCAAAGCAGACGCAUCGAGCAACGAAAAUGCAGCGGACGAUGGCAUGGAAUACCCUGGCCCUUUGGCCCUCUUUUUUAUCGUGAUCGCACUCAUUUUGGCUGUUUUCCUGAUGGCCUUGGAUAUGACGAUCGUCGCUACCGCUAUUCCCAAAAUUACAGAGCAGUUCAAGUCGCUAGAUCAGGUCGGCUGGUACGGCUCUGCCUUCUUUCUCACAAUCGCGUCGUUUCAGUCCACUUGGGGUAAAGGGUACAAAUAUUUCCCCCUAAAAUCGGUGUUCGUGUUCUCUAUCUUGGUCUUUGAACUCGGGUCGUUAGUGUGUGCCGUUGCCAAAAACAGCACCACUCUGAUUGUCGGGCGAGCGAUUGCCGGUGCUGGUGCCUCGGGGCUGGUCAGCGGUGCGUACACCAUCAUUGCAUUCGCUGCACCUCCCCGUCAGCGACCGGCGUAUACCGGAAUCCUUGGUGCAACCUAUGGUGCUGCCAGUGUUGUUGGACCUCUUUUGGGCGGCGUGUUUACGGACAAAGUAUCCUGGCGUUGGUGUUUCUGGAUCAAUCUUCCAAUCGGCGCCGUCAGUGUUGCGAUCUUGUUCGCCUUCUUUAAAGCUCCGCCAGCUGCAAGCCCAGUCAAAGCCACAUUACGAGAGAAGAUUCUACAGAUGGACCUUGUGGGAACAUCUAUCAUCAUGGCCGCUGUAGUCUGCUACCUCCUCGCUUUGCAGUGGGGUGGUGUUACCAAGUCCUGGUCUGAUGGCAAGGUAGUGGGAACGUUGGUCGUCUUUGGGGUGCUGGUCAUCGUGUUUGUGAUCAACGAGAUCUGGAUGGGUGAAAGAGCCCUCUUGCAGCCCAGGUUGUUCAAAAACCGCGAUAUCAAGGUUUCCCUGAUCUACAUCUUCUUCUUCGCCGGUCCUUUCUUUGCCAUGAUCUACUACCUGCCGAUAUACUUUCAGUCGAUCAAACAUGUUUCCGCCGCCCAGUCCGGGAUUCGCAAUCUUCCGUUUAUCCUAGCUGCCAGUAUCUUCUCUAUCGUCGCCGGAGGACUGAUUUCUACGUUCGGGCAAUACUCCUAUAUCAUGAUCGCCGCAUCCGCUCUCGUGACGAUUGGAAGUGGGCUGAUCUACACGUUCGAAAUCGACACGCCGACAGGAAAAUGGAUCGGAUACCAAAUCCUGAUGGGCACAGGUGCAGGACUUGCCAUACAGGUCCCCGUUAUUGUCAACCAAGCGCUAGUCGAGCCUCCGGAUUUGGCCAGCAUCACCGCGAUCACAAUGUUUUUGCAAACCAUGGGAGCUGCUAUCUGGGUCUCUGCGUCCCAGGCCGGCUGGGUGAAUAAGUUACUGGACAGACUGCCCCAAGUGGCACCGAAUGUGAAUCCCGAGCUAGUUGUCGCAACGGGCGCCGCGGAGCUGCACAAGGUCUUCCAGGGUGACGACCUCCAAGGAGUUUUGAUCGCGUAUAUGGAUGGGCUGAAAGUGGUGUUUCUUCUUUGCAUCGCGAUAUCUGCCGUCAGCUUUGUCGCUUCGCUGUUUAUGAGGCCGAAGAACAUCAAGGGAAAAGCGUCAAUGGCGGGCGCGGCUUGA